GGAAGUCCCAGCCUUCUUCGGGGACAGCAGCUGGGAAGGCAAAUGAUCCGGAGAAGCAGGGGCCUCGACGCCAUCUCUACACAGGUUGAUCACCCUCUCUCAUACAUCGAUAACCUGAUCACCGGGCUCAAAAUGGUAAAGCUAAUGUAAAGGCGUUAGAAAAAUCGAGAGUCUCCAUGAGCGAUGCCUUGAGUGCAGACUUGGUGUCGGGCUCUAUUGAUGCCUCAUUGGCAGAGAUCGAAACAAGAUCCCGGGAUACGAAAAGCCCCUCACAGGGAGAUAUUGUAGUCGGACCAUUUGCUGUGCUGGACUUCAGCCUUACCGAUCCCAAAUCUGCAAGUCGAGCUCAUCCCACUGACGAGACUACGGUCGCAAAUGAUGUGAUUCUACCGUCGGGGGAUACCCUGCCAGAAGGCGCUUCCGGAGUCAGUCCGGCUCUGUCGCAAGAAUCGAUCGCCUACAUGAACGACUUGCUGCAGUGGUCAGAUAUCCUUAGCUUGGAUCCUCAGUUGCAGAGUGCUACACUAUCUGGCACAUUCGACCUGGGCGAUUGGUUGCCCCUGGAUUUGGGGACACAAGCCCCUAUUCUGGAACAUAAUCUCCUUGGCGAAGCUCCUAGUCUGAUGGAUGAUGCAGCUGCUCUCUACAAUUGUGGCCCUGGGCAAGACAAUGCCUCCAAGAUGAUGCCGUCGGUUGAUAGCAAUCCACCUGAUGUACUAGCGGAUGCUCAUUUCCUACUACGACAUUUCCAGGAUCAUGUCAUUUCGCGUAUGAUGGCCGUUCCCCUAGACCAGAAGUCACCUUGGAAGAUACUCAAUGUGCCGUCUGUUGUUGUAACAUAUAGCGACAUCACUUUUCUGGGUUCGCAAAACAUCACUCAUGCUCGAUUAGCCAAUUUGUACUGCCUCUUAGCCUGUUCAGCCCUCCAUUUAACGGUAAACCCUUCCAUGAGGACCUCGGACUCAACAGAACGAUGGAAGCCGGUGGCGGAAUAUGCUUACCAUCUAGCAAAAGACCACAUGCAGAUGUCUUUGAAGCAUGAAACGCAAGAGCCAAAGAAGGCCAAAUACAAGGACCAACUAAUGGCAAUCUGCGCCUUGACUGAAUUUGCUAUCCUAAGUAGUCAGCAGCAGGAUGCAAGAUGCUACAUGAUCGAUGCUGAGCGGCUGCUCCGCCUCCGAGGGUUGCCUAAACAACGGAUUUCUCAAAAAGCUCGCCUCCUACACCACACAUAUACGUGGCUACGAAUUGUAGGUGAGAGCACCUACGCUUUGCACAACUACACGCCCUCGGAUACCUUUAUGGAGGCUCUCAAAUAUCGGUUUCGGUACCAGAAAGUCGAAAAUACUCAGGCAGCUGGGUACCGAACAUCACGCUUGGACGACUUUUUGCGCCUCGAUCGGCGCCCGUCCGAUAGCGACCUGGACAUUGAUGAGCCGAAGGAGGACGACGUUGGCCUAUAUGAUAUUCAUUUGCAGGAUUCGCGGAAGUAUCCUGCCACACUAUAUAGCCAGAUUUACGGGGUAUCGGAGACAUGGCUCAGCUUGGUAUCCCAAACAACACGCCUGGCCAACGUAAUGGAAACCUUUCGAGUUGCGCGCGAAAUGCGUCAAGGAAAUAAUGCAAGUCUCGAAGCAUGGGAAGCAUUGCAUCGGCGCAGUGCUCGUCUCGAGAGCAUGGUGUGCACAUUCGCGUCCAGGAGAACAGAGGACAACAUAUGCGAUUCGACCAACAUAUUGGCCAAGUCACAUGGAUGCCUUUUACAGGCUUUGAAUUCUGCGCUGGUUAUCUUCUUCUAUAGACGCAUCCGUCAGGUCCACCCGGCUAUUUUGGAGAGCCAGGUGGACAAGGUGAUCUCAUCGUUGAACGAGUUUGAUGUAGCACUAGUGGAAGCAGAUCACACCGGCCCAGGUACAGUCUGGCCUCUUUUCAUUGCUGGGUGCGAGGCGACGACGCCUGAAAGGCGGCAAUCGAUCACACUGCUGCUAGACAAAGGCGAAGCACGAUGUGGAUUUUCUGCCUAUCAUACUGUCCGGGACGUCAUGAACCAGGUAUGGGACAAACAAGAUGCGCACUUUACACGAAGCAGAGGAGAGGCUUUUCCGACCUGGCUUGAUGUUGUCAAAAGCAAGCAAAUAUGGCCCAUUCUAGCGUGAUGACCGCCGGGGUCUGUUACAAGGCGCUACAAGAAAUACGAUGA